GUUCUGAUCAUCUUCGAGAGAAAGAUGGACUGUGGGCUGUGUUAGUUUGGCUGUCAAUCAUAGCAGCUCGAAGGCAGAAUGUAGAGGAGAUUGUCAGGGAUCACUGGGCAAGAUUUGGCCGGCACUACUACUGCAGGUUUGAUUAUGAAGCACUGGAACCCAAAACAGCAUAUUGCAUAAUAAGAGAUUUGGAAGCUUUGAUCACUGACAAAUCAUUCAGCCAUCAGCAGUUUGCUGUGGGUAACAGUAUCUACAGUGUGGAAAGAACAGAAAACUUUGAGUACAUAGAUCCCGUGGAUGGCACUGUGACCAAAAGACAGGGGCUGCGGAUUAUUUUUUCAGAUGCUUCCAGGCUCAUCUUCAGAAUGAGUGUUUGUAGCCCUGUGAGAGCUGCAAUUCGGAUCUAUGCAGAGAGUUAUGAGAGAGAUCCUUCCCAGCACAAUAAGGAACCACAGGCUGUGCUGAGUCCUCUUAUAGCAAUCGCACUGAAAAUAUCUCAGAUUCAUGAGAAGACAGGGCGAAAGGGACCUACUGUCAUCACCUGAAGCCACAGAAGAUUGCUAAACCAGGGCCAAAAGAGGAACAGAAAGCGAGAGAUAAGACCUUGCUGAAACAUGUUAGCCAUUUGUGCCUUGUAUGGUUUUAAAAGUUUUCUUGGGGAUAGAGUUGGGAAGAAAAAUUCAAUAUAAUACUGAGUAUAUUCAUUUACAUUGAUCUCCAAAUAAAGUCGUGCAUUGACUUCUUUGUUUUACCUGCAGUAUCUUAAUAUCAGAUAA